CCCCCCCCCCCCCCCACCCCACAUAGUUUUUAACUUCUAAAAAUACAAACACAAGAUAUAAACAGCAUUGCUUCCAGGAGCUUUCCCCAAUAUCAACCAUGGUUUCUGAGAGAAAUUUGUCCAAGAAUGUGUGCAUAGUCGGUGCCGGACCAUCAGGGUUGGUGGCUGCUAGGGAGCUGAGGAAGGAAGGGCACAAUGUGGUGGUGUUUGAACAAAACCAAGAAGUGGGAGGGCAAUGGCUAUAUCAACCAAAAGUUGAACAUGAAGAUCCUUUAGGAAGGACUAAUUUCCAAAAUGUUCAUAGCAGUAUUUAUGCAUCUUUAAGGCUCACUUCACCAAGAGAGAUCAUGGGGUAUACCGAUUUUCCUUUUGUGGUGAAGAAAGGGAGGGAUGCAAGGAGAUUUCCUGGCCAUAGGGAGCUUCUCUUGUAUUUACAAGAUUUUUGUGAAUACUUUGGACUAAGGGAGAUGAUAAGGCUUAAUACCAAAGUUGAGUAUGUAGGAAUGUUGAAUUAUCCUGAGAUUGGUGAGGAUUUGAAAUGGAUUGUGAAGAGCAAAGAGAAGGAUGCUGAUAAUGGGAUGGAGGAAACUUUUGAUGCUAUAGUUGUGGCAACCGGUCAUUACUCUCAACCAAGGUUGCCCAACAUUAAAGGAAUGGAUGCAUGGAGAAGAAAGCAGAUGCAUAGCCACAUUUACAGGGUUCCAGAACCCUUUCGGAAUGAGGUAGUUGUGGUGGUUGGAAACUCACUAAGUGGUCAGGAUAUAGGAAUAGAGCUUGUAGAUGUGGCAAAGGAGAUCCAUCUCAGUGCCAAAUCUCUUGAUGUUUCUGAAGGAUUGUCAAAAAUUAUAUCCAAGCACCACAAAUUACAUCUUCGUCCUCAGAUAGAUUCAUUACAUGAAGAUGGGAGGGUAUUGUUCAUAGAUGGCACUUCAAUCUUCGCAGACACUAUCAUAUACUGUACAGGGUACUCCUACUCCUUUCCAUUUCUUGACACCAAAGGAAUGGUAGCAGUUGAUGAUGACAGAGUGGGCCCUCUUUAUGAGCAUACCUUCCCCCCUUCUCUUGCUCCCUCUCUCUCCUUCAUUGGCAUACCCAAAAAGCUCAUAGGGUUUCCUUUCUUCGAGUCACAAGCAAAAUGGAUUGCCCAGCUGCUGUCUGGGAAAAGAACACUCCCCUCAUGGGAUGAGAUGAUGCAAUCCAUCAAGGAAUUUUAUCGUUCAAGAGAAGUUGAUGGUAUUCCAAAGCAUAAUACCCAUGAUAUUGCUAAUUUUGAGUACUGUGACAAGUAUGCAGACUACAUAGGAUUCCCACACCUAGAAGAAUGGAGAAAAGAACUCUGCCUAUCAGCACUAAGAAAUGCGGAUAUAAACUUGGAUACAUAUCGGGAUUCAUAUGAUGACAUUGAGAUGCUACAAGCAGCUUAUCAAAGCCCACACUUCACUCACCUUGGUCCUCGGGAUUUCUGAAUCUGAAGGCAUAAUUACAGAUGCAUACAGAUGAAGUGCGACCAAUUUAAUUCAUUUAUUUUCUGAAGUAGAUUUGUUCCACUAUUUAGUAUUUACUAGCUUCUACCAGAGUGGAAAGGGAAGUUUCAUAUAUUACUUACGACUUCAUCCCUGCCUACGAAAAUACAAAACGUCAAAAGGCUGCUGGUUGAAUGAUCGACUUUGUAAGAAAAGAUGAUGAUAUUCAUGAAAUUUUGUUUUAUUUUUUACUAAAGAAUAUUAGCUGAAGGCUAUUCUCUAGAAACUAUUGUAUGAUAUGUGAAGUGAAAUCCAUAAUAAGACUUGCAUUCAUGUUA